AUGACAGCAUGCUCCGCUGAAGGUGAUGCCUACGCACAUUCCGAAAUCCUCAUCAAGCAGAGCGGAGUAGCGCCUCCAUCAAUCAUCAAGAUAAAGUCACCGGCCUUGCCCCAACGGGAUGAGCAGGAUCGGGUACUGGGGUUAGUGGUGGACACCGGUGUAGGCGAGGCAGGGUCUAACGGCCGCGAAGGGGGCCCUGUGCUUGGCCCCCCAACGGGCCAGUCACAUGCUGUAGAACCACCAGCAUCUACGGCAAUCGUUGCCAAUGCUGUUGCCCUGGCUUGCAGUACUGCUAACAAUCUCAAAGACAACAAAAGACCAACAUUAAACAUAAGUGUUAAUCCACGAGUUAUUGAUCCAUCAGGACAUCGAGCAAUCAAUCGUCUUCAGCACAGUGAACAAAACCUAGAAGCAGUGAUCAGUCGUACCAGUGUCCAACAGUUUAACGGACAAUUGGGUGUUUGCACCAGAGUGAUCAUUCCAUCCGAGAAUAUUGUUCGUGUUACAAACGUCAGCGGCAACAAACGCUCCCGUAAAUUCGUGGAAAUACUCGAGGGAUCUAACGAGAAGGUCAAGAGUAUAAACGAGAAGCUACUCGCUAUGGCACGUGCCAUGACACCAACGUGGUCGAUGCGCCUGUUGGGCGUCAGUUGUGGUUCGGUGGUUUGCGCCUGGGGACUGCUACUUGUACUAUCUGUACUUGGUGGUGCUUCGCACAGCACUGAUUUGGGGGGUUUUGGCUUUGAUAAUGCUGGUACUAUGGAGGAUCUCAAUGGAGGCAGAUGCCCGUGGGCGUGCUCCUGCCAGGGACAGGAGCUUGACUGCUCGGAGAGAGAACUCACUCAGGUGCCGAGGGAUUUGACUGUGCUCGCCGAAAAACUAAAUCUCGAGGGCAACAACAUCUCCGUAAUCUUCAAAACAGAUUUCGAGGACAUGGCGACACUUCAUCUUCUUCAGUUGUCAAACAAUCAGAUCCACACGAUCGAGAGGGGUGCAUUCAAGGAUCUGGUGGCAGUGGAGAAGCUCAAGCUCAACAACAAUCAGAUUCGAUACCUGCCAGACACCCUCUUCACCAAUAUGAUGAAUCUACGGAAAUUAGAUUUAAGCCACAAUCAAAUUGCAAUGGUUGGACCCAAGACACUUCGUGGAGUCUCCGCUUUAAAACACCUAUUACUUGACAAUAAUGUUUUAACAUGCAUCGACGAGGGUGCAAUUAGGGAACUAAAGGAUUUAGAAAUUCUAACUCUGAACAACAACAAACUGACAACCCUUGGUAAGGAGAUGCUCUUCGGUUUAUCUCGUUUACGUACACUCAAACUAACCGACAACUUUCUGGCCUGUGACUGUCAGCUUGCCUGGUUGUCGAGGCACCUCAAGAGCAUGCCACGACUUGGCCAGCAUACCAAAUGUGCCUCACCGGCUCACCUCAAAGGACAAGAGCUUGCCAAUUUACAGGAGCACGAAUUCAAGUGUUUAGGGCUUGUUGAACUCCGGGCUGGUUCAGAGUGCACUGCUGAGCCGCAGUGCCCUCACCCGUGCAGAUGUGCCAGUGGAAUAGUUCAUUGUCGAUCGACUUCCUUGGAGAAAGUGCCCACUCACUUGCCCGAGGACACAAUUGAAUUACGGUUGGAGCAGAACUCCAUCACUGAAAUACCACCGAAGGCAUUUUCUCCCUACAGGAAAUUAGUGAGAAUUGAUUUGAGCAACAAUAAAAUAAAAAAAGUAGCAGCAGACGCAUUCCACGGAUUGAAAUCCCUCGAAUCUCUUGUUCUCUACGGAAAUAAAAUCACCGAGCUACCCGGUGGCGUAUUCCAGGGCUUAACUAGUUUACAGUUGCUUCUACUGAAUGCUAACGAUAUAUCCUGCAUACGAACUGAUCUGUUUCGUGAUCUGACUAGUCUCACGCUCUUGUCGUUAUAUGACAAUAAUAUCAAGUCUCUGGCUAAUGGAACUUUCACUAAUUUACGGAGUAUUCGGACAUUGCAUCUAGCGAAAAAUCCGUUCAUCUGCGACUGCAACUUGCGCUGGCUGUCCCUCUACCUCCACGAGCAUCCAAUCGAGACAUCCGGAGCAAAAUGCGAGUCACCAAAGCGCGCUGCCAAACGGAAGAUUGACGUGAUGCGGGAUGAAAAGUUCAAAUGUAAGGGUGAUGAAAAAUUACUGACCAAGAGGGCUGGUGAGUGCAUUCUACCAGGCGCCUGUCCCUCCCCAUGCAGUUGCAAUGGAGCUACUGUUGAUUGUUCGGAUAAGAAACUUACUUCGAUACCUAGGGAACUUCCAGUUUACACUUCAACGUUAUUACUCGGAAACAACGAAAUCGAGAAAAUAAAAGCAGAUAAUCUCUUCGAGAGAUUACCCGAUCUCCAGCACCUCGAUCUACGCAGAAACAAAAUCACCCGGAUCGAAGCAUCCGCCUUCAAGGGUGGACACAAGCUCACUGAACUUCUUCUGUCGGAUAAUAAACUCAGAGAGGUGCACAAUAAAAUGUUCACCGGCCUCACAAACUUGGUAACACUCAACUUGACGGGAAAUACAAUCACCUGUGUAAUGCCUGGAUCCUUCGAGGGGCUCGCCCACAUUCGCAACAUUGACAUGCAGGGAAAUCCGCUAUCGUGCAACUGCUAUCUUGCUUGGUUCGCUGAGUGGCUGAGGACUCGUGAUAUGCCAGGCACCAUAGGGAGGUGCCACGAUCCACCGAGACUGAAGGACGCCCAUGUCAAAGACAUUCCGAGGCAUGAGUUCAAGUGCAACAGUGAUAGCGUUGGCUGUCUCGGAGAUGAUUAUUGCCCACCGAGGUGUCACUGCGCUGGCUCGGUUGUCAGUUGCUCAAGAUCCCAUCUCACUGAAAUACCUCGAGGUAUACCCCCGGAGACCACUGAGCUGUAUCUAGACGUCAAUGAUAUAAAAACAAUCCAACCCGAGAGACUUAGCCACUUGAGAAUGCUCACUAGAUUGGAUCUGAGUAAUAAUCAGAUUGGAAUGCUUGCCAACGAUACGUUUAGGAAUUUAACGAAAUUAUCGCACUUAAUAAUCAGUUACAAUAAACUCCAAUGUGUUCAACGAAACGCCUUAUCAGGAUUAAAAUCCUUAAGAAUAAUUUCCCUCCACGGAAAUGACAUUUCGGUGAUUCCAGAAGGGACCUUCGAUGACUUAGAGUCGAUAACACACCUAGCUUUAGGGUCGAACCCACUCUACUGCGACUGUCACAUGCGGUGGCUAGCAGAGUGGGUGAAGAAGGACCAGGACGUUGAGCCUGGCAUCGCCCGGUGUAUGGAGCCGCCUGCCAUGAAGGAGAAAUUAUUGUUAACAGCUCCCGCCAGCGCCUUCCAAUGCAAAACCAAACAACAGCCUGCCGAGGUCUUGGCAAAGUGCGAUGUGUGCUACACAUACCCAUGCCAAAACGGAGGAUUAUGUGAGACAUUACCGGACAGGAAGUUCAAUUGCAAGUGCACGCCAGGAUAUCACGGGGACAGGUGUCAACAUAAAAUUGACGCGUGCUAUGGAAAUCCUUGCAGGAACGCCGGAACUUGCAAAGUACUGGAGGAAGGAAGAUUCAGUUGCGACUGCGCCCCCGGUUACGAGGGUCUCCGAUGUGAAAACAAUGUCAACGACUGUCAGAACAACAAGUGCGCAAACAACGCAACCUGUGUGGACCUCGUACAGGCCUACAGAUGCGACUGUACACCGGGAUACAUGGGAGAAUACUGCCAGGAGAAAAUACCCUUUUGCUCAAAAGGACAUGAUCCAUGUGAGAACGGAGGACGAUGCGUCGACCACCGGACCCACUACAGCUGCGAGUGCCCGAUCGGCUUCACAGGCCUUAAUUGUUCCACAAAUUUGGAUGACUGCGUUGAUCAUCUGUGCCAGAACGGUGCUACUUGCAUCGAUGGCAUAAACAAUUACGAAUGUAAAUGCCCGGCGGAUUAUACAGGGAGAUACUGCGAGGCAGCGCCAUCGACAGCCAUGCUCUAUCCGCAAACAAGUCCAUGUGCACAUCAUGAUUGUCAGCAUGGCGCUUGCUUCCAGCCUUCCUCUGAUUCCGCCGCGGGUUAUCUCUGCCAGUGCCAUCCCGGUUAUACUGGAAAACGAUGCGAGUACCUGACGAGCCUGAGCUUCGUGGAUAACAGCUCGCUGGUCGAGCUUGAGCCGCUUCGUACGAAGCCCGAGGCUAAUGUGACCAUCGUCUUCACAACCACCCACGAAAAUGGUGUUAUACUGUACAAUGGAAUGGACCAAAGUGGUGAACACAUUGCAAUCGAACUGUUCAAUGGUCGUGUACGUGUUUCUUACGACGUUGGAAAUUAUCCCACCUCAACGAUGUACAGCUACGAAAUGGUAUCAGAUGGCAAGCCACACAUGGCUGAACUCAUUGCCGUUAAGAAGAACUUUACGUUGAGGGUGGAUAGGGGACCUGCCAGGAGUAUUAUUAAUGAGGGCACCAGGGAGUACUUGAAGCUCAAUUCACCCAUGUUCGUUGGUGGCAUCACGUCUGAUGUUGCCAGUGUUGCAUUCUCACAAUUUCAUUUGAGAAACGUCACCAGCUUCCAAGGAUGCAUUUCAGGAAUGUGGAUAAAUCACAAAAUGGUGGACUUCAGCAAUGCAGCAAAGAUGCACCGAGUGACUCCAGGAUGUGCUGCCAACGACGAAGAGGCUGACGAGGCUGAGAAAGAACCUGCAACACCAUUGCCAAUCAAAGAGGACAACCUUGACGAUUCUCUCCAACACGAGCACGUUGUGCAUGACCAUUCUGAAAUUGUAGCACUACCAGGCGCGAGUAUUGUCGAUCCCUGUACUGGACACGAGUGUCGUAAAGGAUCUCAGUGCGUUCCAGCACCCUUUGGCAACGGAUACACAUGCCGCUGUCAAAUUGGGUGGCAGGGGCGAUACUGCGAGAAAGCGCCAACAUGCAGAAAGGAACAUACACGAGAGUAUUAUAGCGAGAACGGCUGUCGCAGUCGACGACCUGUGAAACUGGCUAAAUGCUGGGGCAGCUGUGGCAACUCUUGUUGCCUGCCACGCAAAACUAAACGUCGCAAGGUUCGUCUAAUUUGCAAUGAUGGCAGACGCUACACGAAGGAUGUAGAUUUAAUUCGCAAGUGCACCUGCACUCGCAAAUGCUACUAAAUAUCCAAAAAAAAACAGCGAAGAUACAGCCGCACAACUGCCCGACUCCCCAACUGCCUACACCCGGCAUUUCAGCUGAAGUCAACGAAAACACCGAGUAAAAACCCCAUUUUAUGAAUUUCUACGUCAAAAAGAAACGAAGAAUAACUGCUAAUUAAUUGAGUGAGUGGACGCAGUGCGGGCGAAAAAUGAUGGACACACACAGCCGGCUCAGUGUGAUAUGUAUUAUUAAGUAAUAAUAACUAAACAUAGCUAUAAAUAAUCGGUAUUCGAGUAUCUAUAUGCAUAUUGGAAUAUUUGUAUGAGAUAAACAAAUUUUUUUAGGAUUAAAAUUGUAAAUUCGUGGGUAUCCAUAUUCUUUUCUAAUGCAGGCGUGGGUACGAGCGAUUUUAGUAUGGUGAGAUAAUGCUCUUUAAUAGAGUGCAUAACUUUGUAAGGAUGGAACGAUGAAUCGUGAAGAGUCACGUCGAAGUUUAUUGUUAUUGUAUAAUUUCUGUAGUGAAGUAGUGGAAACAGGUGAGUCAAGAAAACUAGAGAUUAUUCAGCAAAUAGAUGUAAAACUUCUGAAUUCCACAUUUUAACGUACAAUUUUAUGUUUCAAAUUUAUAUGUUAUUUUGUAAAUUAAUGUGAACUUUGGCUUGGUGGUUUUCAGUACUUUACUACUGAUUUUAAUUAAUGUUCACCUGUUGUUUUAAACACAUCUGAACCCUCUUGAUUUAUUAAUUAAUCAUCCGUCUUAUCCUUCGUGAGGAUAGGACGAUAAAUCGUGAAGAGUCACGUUGAAGUAAAUUGUUAUUGUCUAAUUUCUGUAGUAAAGUGGUGGAAACAGACAAGUCAAGAAAAUUAAAAAUUAUUGAGAUUAAUACCUCUAAACUUAGUGAAUUAAGAGAAAGAUUUCAGAAGAUAUUUUCUGUAGGAAAUUUAAUUGACUACAAAAACAGGUUUUCUGACAUUUUUCUCAAAUAACCACUCAUUCUCAAGAAGUAUAAUUUUGUUUCACGUUUCACUAAUAACGUGAAACUUCUGAAUUUCAGAUUUCAACGUUUUACGUUCUAAUUUAUGUGAGUUAUUUCGUAAAUCAAUAUGAGCUCUGACUUAUCGUCUUUCAGUACUUUACUACUGACUUUGAUAAAUGUUCACCUGUUGUUUUAAACACAUUUGAACGCUUUAUGUGUGAAAAUUCACUUGAUUCAUUAAAUAAGUGACAUCGCUCUCCUGCCUUGGAAUUGAAAAAUUAAGGUGCGAUGAUGCGAGAUGUAUGUUUAGGCAGUGAAUGGCUAGGGGAAUUAAUUAACCAUCUGCAGAAGUCGAGAAGAAUGAAAGAAAAAUGAAAUAAAUACGCCUAAUUUUUUUUAUGGAUUGAUUCGGGAGCAGAAUGUCAAAAAAUCUCUUUCGAAAGGAUAAUUCUCAUUGACAAAAAGGGUCUUGACGUUUUACACAACUCAUUCCUCAAACCGCUUAAUGAACCGAAAAUAAGAAUUCAACUGAAAUUGCUUUCCCACUCAUUGAUUGUCUAAUUAUCUCAGUAACAAAGUGUUCUGGGGGGAGUCAUCAUAAAAGCCUUUCGGUGGCAAACUUUCUCAACUACAAAAUCGAUUUCAUGACAUUUUUUCUGGAACCAUUCGUUGCCGAGAUAAAACAAACAUAAGAAAGAAAUCAUUCUGAAAUCAACUUGAAUCGUUUUUGCACAGCAAUUUCAUUUUUCUCAUCCAAUCCCAUCAAACCAUCACCCACUGCCAAUAUUUAUCCCUUAUUUAUUCAUCAUCAACGAUGGUUUUUUUUAAUAAUUCUAAAAAUCGAAAAAAAUGAAAAAAAAUCUAUUUACCCAUAAAUUAUAUUUUUCUUUAGCAAAAAUCGUCUUUGAAAUUCUCUCUUUUUUAUAUAUAAAUAAAAAUGAACUAAAAAAAUUGAUACAUCUAUUUACUUAAAGAAAAACUAAAAAAAAAUAUUGAAAGUAAAGUAAAGAGAAAUUGUAUCUAAAUACUCUUACGAUAAUUGUUUUAAUUUACAGAGAAACACGGCAGAGCGCAACAAUAGAUGUAUUAUACUCAUAAUUUAUUAAGUUCAAUUUUUACUGUACAAUGUUCUUUUUCGCGGUAUUAAUAGUCUAAGAUAUUCUACAACCAAUUAUUAUUUUGUACUAUCAAUUUUUACAACUAUUAACAUUUUAGUUUUAAUUUUCAAUUAAAUUAUCUUCACACAGCUGGCUACACGAAAAUCAUAUUACAUUAUUCGUAAAGAGUUAAGGUUACUGUCACUUCUGUCAUUACAACAACAAAAGAACCCGAUUCUGACCAAUUAAAGAAGAAAACAAUGAGACGUUGAAGAUAAGCGUAUCUAAUAAAUUAAUUGAAUUAACUGACCGCGAGAGGGAAGGAGGUGAAACAAUGAUAGAUACGUCUUUGUGGACAAUAAUACUAACGGAACUGGGAAUAGGUGUCUAAGUUAACGGAUGAAGAAAAUAGUGAACAAAAUGGAUAAAGCCAUCAAGGAUUGUGCUUCCUUCGGACUCCUACGUAACUAAUAAUACUUAUUCGCAAUCGAAUUUCACU